UUCACAGAAACAACAAGCAUUCAUUAUUCAUCCUUAUGCAUGUCGGAUCAGCAGCAGUUGAUGAGUGGAGGUUCGGAACGUAUGCAUUUUUGUUUUUCGUAUCAAACAGUAAAAUUGGUUUCUUGGGGGCUUGAUGUACCUGCCUACUCGAGGAAUUAGCGUUGGAAAAGUGAAGUAGUGUGCUGUUUAUUAACAUCCGCUACCAAGUACAUCUGACUGAUGAGUGACAUCAUUGGCUUGCAUUGAUUGGUCCACUGUCUGGUUCCCAUUCUACAGCUGCAAACACAAAAGGAAGUUGAAGGACGAUAUUUCCACCGUGAAAUCGGCUGUGAACUUGAAGCAUUUAGUCAAGUGAUCUACGGUGACUUGCAGGGCCUGUGUCAGGCCACAAUUUGUCAACAAUAGGGACUAUUGUCACCACUCCAAUGAAUCCGGUAAAUGGCAUUCAUGAGAUCGAUAUGCCAAAGUCAAAGUUACUGCACAGACAAAGUGAGAGCGCUAGGAAGAGAAUGGAGCACUGCCAAUAUUUGGCAACAGAGUCUCCCGAGCCGACAUAUGACCUGUCCCGUUGUGAGCUGUAUGAGGUUCCAAGUGGUACAUUCUCAAUGUGCAAGGUUUUACGGAAAGAAGCUCUGAUUUUGAGUGAUAAUCUCUUGUCGUCACUAUCAGGAGGCGGCAAUAUUAAAGAUUUAGCAAUGCUACGGGUGCUGGAUUUACACAGCAAUAAGUUAUCAGAGAUACCCGAUGCACUGACAGGUAUCAGUGGAUUGCAAGUCUUAAAUCUGGACAACAAUCAACUCAAGAAGCUUCCUCGUGAUACGGGCAAACUACAGGCUCUGCAGACACUCACUAUCAAAGGAAACCAAGUGAAAGAACUACCAGGGACUAUUUGUCUGAUGAAAUCUUUGAGAACGUUGGAUAUUUCGGACAAUAAGAUCAAGGACUUGCCUUCUAAACUUUGCUACAUCAGGACACUUGAGACUUUGAGUCUAGAUGCCAAAAACAUGAGACAUCCAAUAGCGAGUAUCUGCAUGCAGGGAACUGAAGCAAUUAUGAAGUCACUUUGUGCAGAGUGUGGCACUGAUUAUAGCCCACCAUCGCAACAUGUUCUGAAUGUGCUGGACCCUCCUAAAGUCUCCCCCUCUGAAGACAAGCCAUCAUCGCUUCGAAGUCUUGAAGAAGAAGAAGCCAACUUGAGUAAUAGUAUCAUGCAGUAUGAGAAAAUCCAGGAGAGUAAAAGAUUGGAGAGGAUGAGACUGGAAAGAGAACUUGAAGAAAUGGAGAGAGAGCAAGCGCAACUGGUGACUCAGACGGACAAACGACACUUGGGAUUGCUCAAGGCCCUCGAAAAGGAGCAAGCUGACUUGGAUUCAGGCAUUAAAACGCUGCAAGAGAGAAGUGACAUAGAGAAACAAAACUUGCUCUCUGUGCUACAUGAUGUUGAAAGACAGUCUACUGAUCUUGUUCACCAACUUUUGGAGAUGAAUGAGAAAGCGCGGAAGAAAGAAGCUCUUUUGGAUCAAUUGGAGAAGGAAAGGAUGGAGUUAGAUGCCACAUUCCUUGUGGUCUCUGAGGAACAUGACCUCUUACGAGAGAAAGACAUCUUGAAGUUUAUGCAAGUCAUCAUGAAGGAGAACUUUGAGUUGGAUCAGCUGAGAAACAGAUAUGAUAAACACAAGGAGAACAUUAGAAAGGAAGCAGAAGACAGUGAAAAUGUUGCAUUUAAUCAGCUGAGCUCACAGCUUCACGCUAAGCAGCUAAACAACGAUGCUAUCGUAGCCAACCUGAUGAAAGCUGAAGAAUUCCAACGAGAAGCAUUUGAGAUGUUGCUGCUUAGCAAGGAUGCUAAGCAUAAGCGACUGACUGAGGAGAUCUACAUGCUGCAACAGCAACUUGCUGAGGUGACUAUGGCUGAGCUAGAGAAACAGUCUGUCAAGGCUGAGUCAACUAACAUUGCUCUGGAGCAGAAGAGAGAGGAUCUGGCUGCCUUGCUGAAACAGCUCAUGAUUGAGAGAGAAGAUCGAGAAGAAGAACUCAAAAAAAGACUUCUGGAGAUGGAACAGAGACGUGAGGAUGAUGUCCAGGACUAUUGGCUGAUCCAAUUCCAGAGACUGAUGGAUCGUAAGCCACAAUCACUUAUUGAUCAGGAAAACAACUUGGAGUUUUCAGUCUUGGAAAUCUUGAACAGGUCAGGAGCUGAUGAUUACAUUCCCAUGUUUGCUCGACAUCGAGUUACCAUAGAAACCAUGCUACAAUUGACAGACAACGACUUGAAAGAGAUUGGUGUUCAUGAAGUUGGCUUACGUCGUUCUAUUUUAUCAAACAUUGCUAACUUCACCAAAGAGAGGGAUAAUGCGUCACUUAAAGCCAAGGAAAUGGAGUCUCAUGUUGAUGUUCCCAGAAGAGAUCCAACAGCGCCCUCUAUUGAUGAAGCUGGUGCAAGCGCAGUCGCAGGUGCAGCCCUUGUGAAGGAAGUCACUGUUCGGGUCAAUGCUGAAUGCGUUAUCUGUAUGGAGAAUAACUCGGAUGUUCUCUUCCUGAACUGUGGCCAUGUCUGUUGCUGUGGUACAUGCUCUGGAAGUUUACGGCUGUGCCCACUGUGUAGGAGCGACAUUCACACCAAGAUCAAUAUGCAGAAAUCAAGUCAGUCGGUGAUUGGUGGAUGUGUAGACUAGCCCGGUAGGCAGAUGAGUACAAAGGUAUGGAGAGUUGUUGGUGUUUGUAAAGUGAAGAGGCAGGUUUUGCUUGUAGUAUGGUGUCCAGGGUAUGAUGCAUGAAGGAGUGUCAAGGAUCCUUGUUGAUCUUCAUCUUGUACAUGUUGGGCGUGAUGGGUGGAUCUGUACAACUGGUUGAUAGCGCCGCCAUCAGUUGAUAACCUCUACUUUCUACUUCACAGCUCUGGAGGAUUGUUUAGAAAAAGGGAAACAACUUCUGAUUUUCUACAGGAAAUGGACUGAUCGCGCAAGUGCAUCUCUGCACAAUGGAGUAAUCGCGCAAAGAUACGCAGAUCCACUGAUUAUGCCCAACACAGAAUCUGUCCAUACACUCCAUACAUUGUAUUAAAUUGUACAUAAUUCAAACCCACCUCAUGUACAGUUUUCUUUUUCAAGAUGAGUUUGUAUUCUAUUCUCCAGUCUAGCAUGUCUCAAGAAAAUUGAUUUUUUAACAUUGACAGUGAUGAACCCGUCUAUGCACCUAUCGCUAGUUUUACGGAUGUACGGUUAUAACAAUUGUAUGAUGCAAAAACAAAAAGUUACAUUAUCAGUUUUGAGUUGCUGAAAAGUCCCAUGUUGACAGCCGCUGCAAUGUCAAACAUACAUUUUGAUCACAUGGUUUUACUACAUGGCCAAGGUCCUUCUUUGGGCCCCGAGUAAUCCAAGUGCCGACGCACAGUAGAAUAACCACAGUGGAAUGUUAACAAUCACUGAGGCCCCCCAAAAAGGCUCUAUUUUCUGAUAUGGAGCUUGCCCCAAAGGUGUUUCGGCGACCCUUUUUUUUGUUCCCCUACUUUAUUUUUCGUCAGUGCACAGAAGUCAGAACAAAGUUGUCAGCUGAUAUUGCAGAUGACGCUUAGAUCCCUUUAAACUCUGAAAAUAUCCUUCAGGUUGUAGCUUGAGGUGACAUCAGUAAAGGCCACAAGGCUUGAGAAUUCUGCGCCCACUUACGAUCUCGACCGACAUGAAUAUUCUUUGAAAAAUUUAGAUAACAAGAAAAACAUCACUUUAGUCUGCCCCCUUACAUAUUGAGCUAAUUAAAAAGCAUUUACAGGUUCCAGAUGCACGACCAUCUGGCUUCCAGACACACAAUUACAAAAUUACAACAACGUCUGCAAAAGUUGCCUGACUAAUUUAAGUGCAAAAACCAUAUGGGAGACAAGAGAGGCCACAUAAAGCUUAUACUCGAUCUUAACCCCAUCUAAAACAUGUUAAAAUAGUGCAACUUUUUAAUUUUGCAGACACACAUUGCUAUGGCGAUGCGUGCAGAGACCAGAAACCAGAUACUUUUUCUGGGGGGGGGGGGGGGGGCUAAACUUUUUACAAUAGUAAGUCCAAUGCAAACUCUAAUUUGGAUGUUUUACAUCACACAACAAAUCUUCAACAUCACACACCAAAUGCUUAUUGUUUAUUGUCAUUGAACCAAAUUCUUUCAAAAAUCCAUGAUGUUGCUGUGAUUAUCUAUUACUUUUAAAAAGAAAAAACUUGUUAAGUUUAAUAAUAAUUGGACAGCUAUAGAGAAUAUAUCAUCUAGAUCGUCUGUAAUGGCCAUGGUAAACUUGACAUGUAUCUGAAUAACCUCCUACAGGGUUCCUUUUUUUUGUUUUCUUAAAACCAAAAAGAUUUUAAAAGUUUACAAUUGAGAUUAAUAUCUUCAUGUAAGGUGUUUAUUGUUAUAUGAUGGUAAAAGGUAUAAAGCUAUAUUGGCUACUUCUAUAGGCAUUUUACUAUGCCAGACAGUUUUAUUAUUUUACGGAAAGUCUUGAUCUUAAUUUCUUGAUCUUAAAUGAUCUUUUGUAAACGUCUUUAUCUCAAUUUUGUGACUUUUGUCAGGUAACAUUAACAAGUAAAUUGAGUCAUAAAAGGAAAACACCCAAUAUAACUUUAAUCAGUGUUUAUCAUGGGUAAACUUCAACCAAAUUAAAAGAUAAACUACCGUCAACUUCUUUUGAAAUAAGAAUGUAGUAGAAAAUAAUAUAUCACUGAAAAUAUAUCAGUGAUUGCAUGCAGUGUACAUAUACAGUACUGUAAUUAGAAAUGUCUUUAUACUGUAUCAGCUUCCAAUUGUAUAGGCCUUGUAACAAUGAAUAAAGUAUUUUGGGCUAUCAGCCUGAGGGUUUGGUA